AUUGAAACGCAAUUGGGAAUAAUAAUAAAUAUUCAGCAAGUUCUCACAAAUUAAAAGAUUUAAUACAACGUGCUAAUUGAACAUAAUCAAGAGCAAAAUUUUAGUUGCCAGCUGAGUUAACUGUGUUUGCUGAAAAUCACAAAAGCUCCAGAAAUAAAAACACACUUGUGGUUCGCUCUGUUUCUGCUGUCUGACGUCAUCAUUAAACCAGAACGGAAAUAAUGAAAACAGUUGUAUCUGCCACUAACCCUGUUACUACAAGUACAGGUGGGCCACAAAUAGUGCCAAAAACCGAACCAGUCGCAAUUGACGAGCAGUCAAUGGAAUUUCAAACACCCAACAGCACUUCAACGCCGAACGUUAGCAAACGUCCGGGUUUUCUGGAUCUUAACAAGUCAUCAAAAAAUAAACGAUCUGUGGCACCUUUACUCAUUGAUUCGCCCGAUUUGCAGGGCAAGACAAUCAACACACCAGACCUAGAGAAAAUACUGUUGUCCGGCAAUUUGCUGCAAACACCACAGCCCGGUACCGUUUUUCCCACAAAAGUGGGUGCAGUUACCUCGGAACAAGAAGCCUUCGGCAAGGGUUUCGAUGAAGCGUUGCAGAGUCUGCACACCAGCAAGAGUUCCCAGGGAUUUCUUGGACCUAUUGUGAGUAGCACGGCUGCUAGUAAUCCACCAGCAACCACCACUAUGACUGCUGUCAACAAUGGCAUGAGUGGCGGCACCUUCACCUAUACAAACAUGGAAGGCUUCCCCGUCAUCAAAGACGAGCCACAAAACACUACUGCUUCCCCUACAGUCAGUCCCAUCGAUAUGGAAACUCAGGAGAAGAUCAAGUUGGAACGCAAACGUCAACGUAACCGCGUCGCCGCUUCCAAGUGCCGUAAACGCAAGCUUGAGCGUAUUUCUAAGUUGGAAGAUCGCGUCAAGGUUCUGAAGGGUGAAAACACCGAUUUGGCCGGCAUUGUGAAAACUCUCAAAGACCAUGUCGCACAGCUUAAGCAACAGGUUAUCGAACACAUGGAAGCCGGAUGCACCGUCCAAACCGUUCCCAAUGCGGCCCUACUGUCGGGCAAAUAACAUAGGGAUUCUGAGGGGGAGCCAAAUGUAAUUUUGGGGGAUGAAAUGCAACAAUUUAUGGCAGAUUUGGAACCAGAAGACAUUGACACAGAAGGGGAACCAGAGGACCAAGAUCUUAACAAUACAUUCGAUGUUGGCGUAAACAACAAUGAGGAUGAACUGCUGGACACCGCGGCGCUGGAGGAGGAAAUACCACUGGAUCUGCUACUAAGCACGUCAACCAGGAUAAACAUGGACGAACAGCUUGAAAUAUUACCCACGCAGUCCUUGCCAAGCAAUGCCGUUAUCAGCGUGACACAGAACGCUGUCGAUGAGCCAUCCGAAGGAGAGCGCCUGGUGUUGGUCAUACUAGCAGACUAUAGUGCGCCAUCGGCUGAAUGUUAGAAAUGUACAUGUUUUACUCAGCAUACAGAUGUUAUUUUAAAUGCGCAAACUACUUACCUAACUAUGCUUCGAGUGCCUUUUCAGCCAUUAUUGUUGCAUUUGCUUUUAGUGCUAAUCGUAAUGUAGCGUGCAAUGCCUUGUUUUAUUUGUAAGCUUCAGUUGCCUUUACAAUUAAUGUUUUUUAGUUUUAACUUUACUGUAGUGCUAAGGACAAGUAUUAUCUAUGUUGACCAUACGAAUAAACCAUCGCAAACAA